UCUGUAGGCUCAAGACUCCCUCUGCUCCACGUUGUUCUCAGUCUCUGAUUCCGAACGGCUCUGUUAAAUAAUGGAGGUGGCCUCCCGUCGCUCAAACUGAGUUUAAGGGACCUGUUUUCAAGCUACUUGUCGGACGGUAUGCCCUGCCUCCAGUCCGAACCGCUGCAGGAGCAGAUGGCCUCGGAUGGAGCGACUCCCGACACUUCCUCUCCUUUCGACUCUCCCUGCCCGGGCGGAAGGGAACAACCCGCGGUGACCAGCGCUGGUUGGUUUUUCUCGCCGCUGUGGAGCCGUCGGACCAAGACACAUCGAUGGGGGUUUGGGAGAGGUGUGGACAGCAACAGGGUGGAGGUUUGGCUGGAUGAACACUCGUCCAGGGAGAUGGUGGGAGGCUGGUUCGUGGAGACGCUACCCUCUCCUCAGACCUCCAGAGUGCCCAGCAGGUCUCCGUCCGACCCCAGCUCCAGCAUGCUCCUCCUGGGCCGCGGCCGGGACUUUCCCCUGUCCAGCCCCUCCCUCCGGAUCUCCACCUCCAUCCCCUCCUGCCCCAACCCCCCUCACCAGACCUCUACCCUUUCCACCCCCCAGUGGGGUGACCCCCUCCUCCUCGAGAAGGCGGGCAGUUGCUCCCCCCGUACCCCUCGCUCCCCCCACUCCACAGUUUCUUCUCGCUCCCUUCGCUGCCCCCACUCCCCCAGCUCACCUCGCUCCUCACCCCGCUCUUCACCCCGCUCUCCGAGGAGGACUAGAUCCUGUGGGCGAGGUGAGCCCUGUGGGCGAGCUGAGCCUUGUGGGCGAGGUGAGCCUUGUGGGCGAGGUGAGCCUUGUGGGCGAGGUGAGCCCUGUGGGCGAGGUGAGGGCUGUGACUGGAUGAUGAAGAUACUGGCUGGAGGCUCUGGGAGGAUAGGCUCUGUGGCGGAGCUCUGCCAGGGGGCCCUGCAACAUGCCAUAGAGGUGGUGUGGGCAGAACGCUGCUCUCUGUCUCUGCUCCGACAGGACCAGGAUGGAUGUAGGGGAUUGGUCCAGGUGGUUUCCCUGACGACGCCGGGUUGCGUGAGGGAAGAGUCUUCCAGCCACCAUGCCCACCAGGAGCUGGUGAAGGGCAUCCUGGGAUAUGUAGUUGCCACAGGGAUGCCCAUGAACAUGACAGGAGACGUCUGUGAGGACCCCAGGUUCACCACAGACGAGGACCAGACGGCAGGUUUCAAACUCAAGAGUGUCCUGAGUGUCCCGAUUAAGAACAGUAGACAGGAGGUUCUUGGAGCAGCUCUGGUGCUGAACAAGAGGAUCAGUGAUGAUGUCCAGGGUUCUCUGUUCACAGACCAGGAUGAGAAGGUCCUGGCCUGUCACAUGGGUCUGCUCGGGCUGGUCCUGGACAAUGUUCAGCUGUUUGAGAGUUCCAGACAGGAAGCCAACCGAUGCCAGGUGUUGUUGACCUUGGCCAGGCUGCUGUCAGAGGAACAGAAGUCGAUGGAGAAUCUCCUGGGCAAGAUGGCCGCCACCAUCCUGCCUUUCGCACGGGCUCAGUACUGUACCAUUUUCAUCGCCAGGGACAGACCCAAGAACUCCUUCUCUGGGCUGGUCCAUAUGGAGGGAGAAGAACAAGGGUCAGAGUUCCAGAUCUUUCAAAGAGACUGUACCCUCUCGGACAUAGACCUGACCCACGCCCUGCAGGUGCUGGUCUCCAAGGAGACAAUGAACGUGUCCGGCGCCGAUCAGGACCCCCACACGGGUAGUCUGGUCUGCUGCCCGAUCAGAAACGGGAAGACAGGACAAAUCAUCGCCGUCUGCCAGCUGAAGAACAAACUGGGCCCUGGCGAGGCGGAGACGGGCAGGGCGUUUAACCGUUAUGAUGAGCGCCUCCUAGAGGACUUUGCGGUGUACUGCGGCCUGGCCCUGCAGACCGUCCAGACCGUCCAACGGAUAGAGUACCAACGAGCCAGCCAGGACGUUACCCAAGAGGUUCUGUCCUACCACCUCACUGCAGCUCAAGAGGAAAUCCGAGCGUUGCAGGAAGCUGAAAUCCCCUCUGCCCAAUCACUGCGCAUCCUGGACUUCAGCUUCUCUGAUUUCGGCCUAUCAGAGGACUCCACGGCUCAGGCCACAGUUAGAAUGUUCCUGGAUCUCAACCUGGUACAGGACUUCAACAUCGACUAUAAGUGUCUCUGUCAGUGGGUUCUGAGUGUAAGGCGUGGUUACCGUAGCAACGUGCCCUACCACAACUGGAGUCACGGCCUCAGCACCGCUCAGUGUAUGUUCGCUAUGAUGAUGUCUACAGACCAGCUACAGUCUAAUUUAUCUCGUCUGGAGGUGUUGGCUCUGAUGAUAGCUACUCUGAACCACGACCUGGAUCACAGAGGAGUCAGUAACUCCUACAUAGAGAGGACUCAGCAGCCUCUAGCCCAGCUGUAUGGAACCUCCUCUCUGGAGCAUCAUCACUAUGACAUGUGCCUCUUCAUCCUCAACAACCCGGGAAGUCAGAUCCUCAGUGGUCUGUGUCCUGAUGACUACAGGACAGUGUUACCCAUGAUAGAGAAAGCCAUCCUGGCUACGGACCUGGCUGUCUACAUGGAGAGGAGGGCAGAGUUCUUUGAACUGGGUCAGAGAGGAGUGAGGUGGGAGGAGGACAGGCACAGAGACUUACUAAGGUCGAUGCUGAUGACAGCCAGCGACAUUGCUGCCAUUACAAAGCCUUGGCAUAUUCAGAAGAGGACAGCUAAGUUGGUGGCAUCAGAGUUUUUCGCUCAAGGAGACCGAGAGAAGGAAGAGUUCAACAUCAAACCUGUCGACAUGAUGAACAGAGACAACAGCACUCGUCUUCCUCACAUGCAGGUCAACUACAUCGAUGGGAUGUGCCAUCCCUUAUACCAGACUCUUUCUGGGAUGUUUGACUCCUGUUCUCCACUGUUGGACGGACUCAUGAGGAACAGAGAGAAUUGGAUGCUGCUCGCCGAGACGGGGGAGGAAGGAGGAGGAGAGGAGGAAUAGAGAGAACUGGGCGCUCCUCAUCGAGACGGGGGAGGAAGGAGGAGGAGAGGAGGAAUAGAGAGAACUGGGCGCUCCUCAUCGAGACGGGGGAGGAAGGAGGAGGAGAGGAGGAAUAGAGAGAACUGGGCGCUCCUCAUCGAGACGGGGGAGGAAGGAGGAGGAGAGGAGGAAUAGAGAGAACUGGGCGCUCCUCAUCGAGACGGGGGAGGAAGGAGGAGGAGAGGAGGAAUAGAGAGAUGAAAGAGAGGAACAGAGAGAACUGGGCGCUCCUCAUCGAGACGGGGGAGGAAGGAGGAGGAGAGGAGGAAUAGAGAGAACUGGGCGCUCCUCAUCGAGACGGGGGAGGAAGGAGGAGGAGAGGAGGAAUAGAGAGAACUGGGCGCUCCUCAUCGAGACGGGGGAGGAAGGAGGAGGAGAGGAGGAAUAGAGAGAUGAGAGAGAGGAACAGAGAGAACUGGGCGCUCCUCAUCGAGACGGGGGAGGAAGGAGGAGGAGAGGAGGAAUAGAGAGAUGAAAGAGAGGAACAGAGAGAAAUGGGCGCUCCUCAUCGAGACGGGGGAGGAAGGAGGAGGAGAGGAGGAAUAGAGAGGAAAAAGAGAGGAACAGAGAGAACUGUAUCAUGACUUCGUUGUUUGUGUGCGAAUCAAGACUGGAGUAUCACUGGUUAUUGUCUGGGUAGACCCUCCCCCCAACAGCAACAUCACUGGUUAUCAUCUGGGUAGACCCUCCCCCAACAGCAACAUCACUGGUUAUCGUCUGGUAGACCCUCCCCCAACAGCUACAUCACUGGUUAUCAUCUGAGUAGACCCUCCCCCAACAGCAACAUCACUGGUUAUCAUCUGGGUAGACCCUCCCCCAACAGCAACAUCACUGGUUAUCGUCUGGUAGACCCUCCCCCAACAGCAACAUCACUGGUUAUCAUCUGGGUAGACCCUCCCCCAACAGCAACAUCACUGGUUAUCGUCUGGUAGACCCUCCCCCAACAGCAACAUCACUGGUUAUCGUCUGGGUAGACCCUCCCCCAACAGAAACACCACUGGUUACCAUCUGGGUAGACCCUCCCCCAAGAUCACUGGUUACCAUCUGGGUAGACCCUCCCCCAAGAUCACUGGUUACCAUCUGGGUAGACCCUCCCCCAAGAUCACUGGUUAUCAUCUGGGUAGACCCUCCCCCAACAGCGUUAUCACUGGUUAUCAUCUGGGUAGACCCUCCCCCAACAGCGUUAUCACUGGUUAUCGUCUGAGUAGACCCUUCCCCAACAGCAACAUCACUGGUUAUCAUCUGGUAGACCCUCCCCCAACAGCAACAUCACUGGUUAUCAUCUGGGUAGACCCUCCCCCAACAGCAACAUCACUGGUUAUCGUCUGGGUAGACCCUCCCCCAACAGCAACAUCACUGGUUAUCGUCUGGUAGACCCUCCCCCAACAGCAACAUCACUGGUUACCAUCUGGGUAGACCCUCCCCCAACAGCAACAUCACUGGUUAUCGUCUGGUAGACCCUCCCCCAACAGCAACAUCACUGGUUACCAUCUGGGUAGACCCUCCCCCCAACAGCAACACACAACAUAACUGGUUACCAUCUGGGUAGACCCUCCCCAAAAGCAACAUUACUGGCUAUCGUCUGAGUAGACCCUCCCCCAACAGCAACAUCACUGGUUAUCGUCUGGUAGACCCUCCCCAACAGCAACAUUACUGGCUAUCGUCUGGGUAGACCCUCCCCCAACAGCAACAUUACUGGCUAUCGUCUGGGUAGACCCUCCCCCAACAGCAAUAUCACUGGUUAUCAUCUGGGUAGACCCUCCCCCAACAGCAACAUUACUGGCUAUCGUCUGGGUAGACCCUCCCCCAACAGCAACAUUACUGGCUAUCGUCUGGGUAGACCCUCCCCCAACAGCAACAUUACUGGCUAUCGUCUGGGUAGACCCUCCCCCCAACAGCAAUAUCACUGGUUAUCAUCUGGGUAGACCCUCCCCCCAACAGCAAUAUCACUGGUUAUCGUCUGGUAGACCCUCCCCCCAACAGCAAUAUCACUGGUUAUCGUCUGGGUAGACCCUCCCCCAACAGCAAUAUCACUGGUUAUCGUCUGGUAGACCCUCCCCCAACAGCAAUAUCACUGGUUAUCGUCUGGGUAGACCCUCCCCCCAACAGCAAUAUCACUGGUUAUCAUCUGGGUAGACCCUCCCCCAACAGCAAUAUCACUGGUUAUCAUCUGGGUAGACCCUCCCCCAACAGCAAUAUCACUGGUUAUCAUCUGGGUAGACCCUCCCCAACAGCAAUAUCACUGGUUAUCAUCUGGGUAGACCCUCCCCCCAACAGCAAUAUCACUGGUUAUCAUCUGGGUAGACCCUCCCCCUACAGCAACAUCACUGGUUAUCGUCUGAGUAGAUCCUCCCCCUACAGCAACAUUACUGGUUAUCAUCUGGGUAGACCCUCCCCCAACAGCAACAUUACUGGUUAUCAUCUGGGUAGACCCUCCCCAAACAGCAACAUCACUGGUUAUCAUCUGGGUAGACCCUCCCCCCAACAGCAAUAUCACUGGUUAUCAUCUGGGUAGACCCUCCCCCAACAGCUACAUCACUGGUUAUCAUCUGGGUAGACCCUCCCCCAACAGCUACAUCACUGGUUAUCAUCUGGGUAGACCCUCCCCCAACAGCAACAUCACUGGUUAUCAUCUGGGUAGACCCUCCCCCAAGAUCACUGGUUAUCAUCUGGGUAGACCCUCCCCCCAACAGCAAUAUCACUGGUUAUCAUCUGGGUAGACCCUCCCCCCAACAGCAAUAUCACUGGUUAUCAUCUGGGUAGACCCUCCCCCAACAGCAACAUCACUGGUUAUCAUCUGGUAGACCCUCCCCCAACAGCAACAUCACUGGUUAUCAUCUGGGUAGACCCUCCCCCUACAGCAACAUCACUGGUUAUCGUCUGGUAGACCCUCCCCCAACAGCUACAUCACUGGCUAUCUGGGUAGACCCUCCCCCAACAGCAACAUCACUGGUUAUCGUCUGUAUAAUGUAAUAUAUUACAGAUUGGCCAAUACAGUAUAAUGUAAUAUAAUAUCUAUAUUCACAAUGUAAUAUAUUACAGAUUGGAGAAUACAGUAUAAUGUAAUAUAUUACAGAUUGGACAAUACAGUAUAAUGUAAUAUAUUACAGAUUAGCCAAUACAGUAUAAUGUAAUAUAUUACAGAUUGGACAAUACAGUAUAAUGUAAUAUAUUACAGAUUGGCCAAUACAGUAUAAUGUAAUAUAAUAUCUAUAUUCACAAUGUAAUAUAUUACAGAUUGGACAAUACAGUAUAAUGUAAUAUAUUACAGAUUGGUCAAUACAGUAUAAUGUAAUAUAAUAUCUAUAUUCACAAUGUAAUAUAUUACAGAUUGGACCAGAUAUACUCUACACCAGAGAUACU